AUGUUUCCCUACAGAUACGCGAAGCAACAACUAGCAUGUGCGCUUUCUUGUUCUAAGACUGUUGGGUGUUUGUGUUUCUUCUACAAUGAAGGCUCCUCCACAUGCCGCCUCCAUUCCUACUUGUUCCGAGCCACGGAGCUUCAACCUUCGGCGGGAGAUGUGUACUUCAGACCGCUAUGUCCUUCAUUCCCCGUCAGCCCCGUGCCGUACAGCACCAUACACACAUCAACCGUGAACGGCUCUGAAACAGCGAACGUGGUCUGCAACGACGGUUACAAGUUGACGAACGACCCUGGGGCAGUACUGUGUGAUGAUGAUGGUUUCUGGCCUACAAUAACAGGCACAUGUGAACAAACUCACUGGACUAACCAGAUUGCGCCGUUCACUGUGACUGUACCUGGCAACAUGUAUGAAGGGGCAAGCAUCAACUUCACCGCUCGCUUAACCGGAUCGAUUUACACGUUCAACAUGUACUACGGUAACAAUGACGUCGCACUCCAAAUGAGGGCUCUAAGCAGUGGCAAAGUGAUGUGGUACAAAAGACAGAGUGGCGCUUGGGAGAACGUUGGAAGUGAUACAACUCGUACCCCUUUCACCCCCAUCAACACGACCACCACCUGCCUGGUGGAGACGAGAGUGGACAAGAUACAGGUUUCUGUGGAUGGAUCAGAGUAUUUCAGUAUGGCGUAUUUCCAAGAUGUGACAGAGAUCAAUAAGGUGUCAUUCCUGACUAGCGUUGAUAUCCUAGAAGUGGACCUUCUGGUAUAGAAAACUGGACGACGGGCUGUUCUGUUCACGUGGAGACAUCUUUGUUGAUACAAACCCCUGGGAGACUAGAGACAAUGCUGAAGACCCGUAACGACCUACCGCCUAUUGUAAUUAUUUACAUUUUGUAUAAGAAAACACAUUUUCAUCAACGCUGUCAUUUUAAUUUAAGACCAAAUGCAACUACAGCAUUUGUACUUCUUUAUUAUUUUCACAUAUAUUUUGUUCUUGUACACAUGUACAUUUUGGUAAGCGGCAAACAAUUCAGGUUGAAGUUUUUUUAAAAUAUUAUCUUGUGACACGAUGCACGAUAAACUUUAAAAUUUUGCGAUUUACUGAUGUUCACUUACACUUUGCCUCAGCAGGACAUCCAAUGAACAAUAUAUUUAAAGCUGAAAUUAUUUUUCAUCCUAAGACUGAGGGAUCACAUCCGAAGAAAAGUUAGU